AUGGGCAACGAUGCUACGGUUAACGAGAUCGAGGAAGUUUGGUUUUUCUUGGCGAGCGUCGGUGGAGCGCUGCUCGUCAUUCUUCUCGUCCGAGAUAUCUCUCAGUGGUGCAGAGAUAGACUACUCGAGCGCCGCAUCAUUAUGGAACAGAUCCUCCGGGAAGACAUUCUGCGCGAGCGUCGCGAGUACGAAAAGGCUAAGCAGGACGCCUGGAACCUUUUUGUGCACAAGGGUGAACGGAUCGAUCGAGACGAGAAGGCGAUUCAGAAGGGUAGAAAGGAGGUGAAUCAGAUGAGGGCCGACCUAGAGAAGGAAAAGGGCGACAUGAAGAAUAUGAAGGCCGACGUUGAGAGGGGUUUGGAGGAGCUCCGGAAGCUACGUGCUAAGGUCAUCGAGAAGGCAGACAAGAAUGACGGCUCUGGCGACAAGUUUGAAGAUAUGGACGACAACGAUCGUGAGCUGGAGCAAUAG